CGUCCGCGCCUCGUCUGUUUGCCCACCGCGAUGGUGGCCGUGCUAGGCGGCGGCGGCGGCGGUGUGGGGACCGCGCCGCGCUCCUGGCUGUGCCUGAUGGCGCUGCUGCAGCUGCUGGGCUCGGGGCUGGCGCACGGCCGCCGCCUGGUCUGCUGGCAGGCGCUGCUGCAGUGCCAGGGGGAGCCGGAGUGCAGCUACGCCUACGCCCAGUACGCGGAGGCGUGCGCGCCGGUCCUGGGCGCGCGCGGCGGGGGCGACGUGCCCGGGGCCUCCGCAGCCUUCCCGGCCUCCCCGGCCUCCGCAGGCUCCGCGGGCUCCUCGGCGCGCUGGCGCUGCCCCAGCCAUUGCAUCUCCGCCCUGAUCCAGCUGAACCACACGCGCCGCGGGCCCGCGCUGGAGGACUGUGACUGCGCACAGGACGAGAGCUGCAAGUCCACCAAGCGCGCCAUUGAGCCGUGCCUGCCCAGGACCAGCGGCGGCGCGGGCGGCGCGGGCGGCGCGGGAGGGGUCAUGGGCUGCACCGAGGCCAGGCGGCGCUGCGACCGUGACAUCCGCUGCAACCUGGCGCUCGGCCGCUACCUGACCUAUUGUGGCAAACUCUUCAAUGGGCUGCGCUGCACCGACGAGUGCCGCACGGUCAUCGAGGACAUGCUGGCCGUGCCCAAGGCGGCGCUGCUCAACGACUGCGUGUGCGAUGGCCUGGAGAGGCCCAUCUGCGAGUCGGUCAAGGAGAACAUGGCUCGGCUGUGCUUCGGAGCCGAGAUGGGCCACGGCCCGGGUAGCAGUGGCUCGGAUGGGGGUCUGGACGAUUACUACGACGAGGACUACGAGGACGAGCCGCGCCCUGGGGGUGCGGGAGCAGAGCCACCGCUGGACGACGAUGAUGGCGCCCCGCACCACGCGCGCCCGGACGACAGGGGUGGCCGCGGAGACCUACCCCACGGGCCGGGCCGCAGGAGCGGCAGCGGUGGCAGCCGCGCUGCGCCCCGAGGUGCCUGGACCCCGCUGGCCUCUUUCAUGCUGCUGCUGCUGCUGGUGUCGCCUGGGCCAUUCUGGUAGACCUCGUGCCCUGCCGAGGCUGCUGGGGCGCACGCGUCCCAACCCGCGCGCGCGCGCGCCUUCUCUCCAGCCGCGCCCGCUCUGGGGCACCUGUGGUUGGGGACACUUGUCCCUA